AUGAUUCCACCAGGAGACUGUCUAUAUGCUGGGAGGAAAAGACGGAAACCCGUUCAGAAACAGAGGCCCGCACUUGGAAGUGGGAAGUCCAAUCCUUCCAAGAGACACAGAGACCGCCUGAAUGCUGAAUUAGAUCACCUGGCCAGCCUCCUGCCUUUCCCACCAGACAUCAUCUCCAAGCUGGACAAGCUCUCCGUCUUGCGUCUCAGCGUCAGUUACCUUAGAGUCAAGAGCUUCUUCCAAGCCGUUCAGCAAAAUGAAAACCACUCAGCAGACGUAACGCCCUCGCAUACCUCCAAGGAAGUCCAGGAUUGCUUUGCAGAGGCAGACAGGUUUGUUCAGACACUAAGUGGUUUUGCACUAGUGGUAAGCGCUGACGGAAUGGUAUUUUAUGCGUCCCCAACAAUUGUGGAUUAUCUAGGAUUUCAUCAGACUGAUGUAAUGCAUCAAAAUAUAUAUGAUUACAUUCACGUGGACGACCGGCAAGAUUUCUGUAGACAACUGCACUGGGCCAUGAAUCCGCCACAACUGCUGUCUGGACACAAUGCGCAGACGGAGGCAGGAGAAGAACUCAUCCUUAAUAAAACGUUUAAAGCCCAGGAGAAUGACACGAUGCCAACAGAAUUUUCGCCUUUUUUGACUCGGUGUUUUACUUGCCGAAUCCGCUGCCUUUUAGAUACUACUUCUGGCUUCCUUACCAUGCAGUUUCAAGGUAAACUAAAAUUUCUCUUUGGGCAAAGAAAGAAAUCUCCCUCUGGAGAGGUAUUACCUCCUCAACUAUCCUUAUUCUGCAUAGCUGUACCUGUUCUGCUGCCUUCUGCGACUGACAUGAAGUUAAAAAGCCUUCUCAUGAAAGCAAAAUGCAGGCCUGAUAACGCUGCCACAACAUAUACAAACUCAAAGGCUAUUUCAGGACAGCAUGUUGCUGAUUUCCAUGGAAGAAACAAUUUUCUAGAAGGAAAGAAUAAUAAAGAAAUGAUGAAAUGGCCAGCAAAUGAAGAUCACUGGGUUUGGAUACAAGCGAAUGCACAAGUUUGUUAUCGGGACGGUUCUUCCGACUAUGCCACUGCCCUACAGCAGGCCCCCAAGGAAGGAGACGACCAUCAGAAGAUACCCAACAGCAUGACGAGCCUGAAAGGGAACAGGGAUGCACUUGAUCCGAUGAAGCACCACAAAUGGACUACAAUGAAAAAAGAGCAGGACUGCAUAAAAGUCAAGUUUGAGCCUCACGCAGAUGACGACGGUGAAUAUUUUAGUCCGCAAGAAUUUGUCAGUUCUAAUGGGCCACUCUUUGGUGUUCAACACAGUAACAACCCAAAUGGCACAUGGACUUCAAGGAAUCCAUCAAGUUCCUGCACUAGAGGGCAGCACAACGAAAAUAUGUGCCCAAACAAAACUGUGAGGCCAUUCUACAGCAGAGACCAGCAGGUCUGCGGUUUAUCUGCCGCCUGUUCGUCACACUGGGGAGGCAUACAGAAUUACCAGCCUCACGCGCACUCGCAGCAAUACACAGCAGACGGCCAUUCGGCAGAAGGCACGAAACUGCAGUGCCCGCUAAUAUCUCCAGAAGCACUGUACAGCCCUCAGAACACACUGAUCAAAACUGAAUAUGAUUCAGAUUCUGAAAAUGUAGCUAAUAGUUAUGCCGUUUCCCCAAGUCAAGUCUGGAUGGAUGAAAAGAGUGUAGCAAAGAAGCACUCAAGUCAUUUCCCUUCUAGGGUCCAUCUGAAAGCAGAACUGGAAUUCAACAAACAGCCGCCUCUGUGCCAAAGUCCAAAGCGCUGGGUUUACUCACCAUAUAAUUGGCAACGCCUUGUGAUGCAUCACACCAACAACAUCAGUAGAAACGGAUCUGGCAAAGGGGUGCAUUACAAGGAGACAACGCCACUGGGUCCGCGGAACCCCAUCUGUGUAGAUACUACGGAGGGUACACAAGGAACAUAUUGCUGUGAUACGUUUUAUAAUACCAGUUUUAUAGACGAGACAGAGCAAAAUACCCAGGUCCUGAAGACACACUGUGAGUUUAAGAGUCCCAGCUUUAUUCCAGCAAUCAAGCAUGAACCUUUAGAGUCUCCACCUAUAGCUGGCAGUGGUCAGAAUGGAGUCCAAGCUACUUUCUCUGAAAAUGUAUUCGGUUCUCAGCCUCAUAAAAUAAUGGGGUGUGCAUUUUCACGACAAACUGUGUAGUGCGUUAGAAUGCGUACAAGUGUUGCUCACGGCAUCAGUAGUGCAGAGAUAGGACAAAAAACAGGUACUUCUUAUUGCUGAGCAGUUCCGUGCCUUGCUUAAUGCGUGAAUUGUGGGUAACCUGCACUCUGAUUCAGGGCACACGUCACCCACAAAACAGGGUAUAUAGAAGUGCCCUUAAUUUUUACUA